AUGGCGAUAGGCAGAAGGUCUUGCAGCAUCGUCUGCUUGGUAUCUAUCCAGAUCAUCUUGAUUUUCAGCGCAUCGUGGCCUGGAGCGGAGGGUCUCACAUUCCCCCAGCAAUACACGAUAAUGCACUGGGCCCGGCGUAUCGAGCAGGAGAUUGACACAGUCUUUCAGCACAUCACUGGAGCUCAGCAGUUGAAAGGGAUAUACAAUGAAGAAAGAAGAAGGUUCAGUGUGGUGAGGAAUCAGCCUCGGAAGAUUGUGGAGAAGGUGGCCUCAGAUAUAGAGAAACUUCUGGCUAAGAAGCGCAAAGCCCUUGAUAGGUUAGCCAGUGAAGCAGAGCGGCUGCAGAGAGAGCAUCUAUGGCAGGAUGGGAUAAAGGAGCUAGACAUGGCAUAUUAUGACUCCAAGGCAGAGCUGGAUUAUUAUUCCAUGGAUGGAGAAGGAGAGGUGGAAAAUCCUUCUCACAUCAAGCUGGAGUUUGUUUACGAUCCAAAUUUCAAAAACAAUGUCAACUACUCCUACACGGCUGUUCAGAUUCCCACAGACAUUUAUAAAGGAGCUCCAGUCAUUCUGAAUGAGCUGAACUGGACACAGGCGCUGGAGAAGGUGUUCAUGGAGAACAGUCGGGAGGACCCGUCGCUGCUGUGGCAGGCAUUUGGGAGUGCAACAGGAGUCACCCGCUACUACCCAGCUUCACCUUGGAAAGCUCCAGAUAAAAUUGAUCUGUAUGAUGUCAGGAGGAGGCCCUGGUACAUCCAGGGUGCCUCAUCCCCCAAAGAUAUGGUCAUUCUUGUUGAUGUGAGCGGCAGUGUCAGCGGACUCACCCUGAAACUGAUCAAGGCGUCAGUGAUGGAAAUGCUGGAUACUCUGUCUGAUGAUGAUUAUGUCAACGUGGCUAGGUUUAACGAAAAGGCUGAGGCGGUGGUGCCUUGCUUCAAGCAUCUAGUCCAGGCUAACGUGCGCAACAAAAAGAUCUUCAAAGAUGCAGUGCAGCAGAUGCAGGCUAAAGGCACCACUGACUACAAAUCUGGAUUUCAUUUUGCCUUCAACCAACUGUUAAAUAAGACAAAUGUCCCACGAGCCAACUGCAACAAAAUAAUCAUGCUGUUCACUGAUGGAGGAGAGGACAGAGCUCAGGAUGUCUUCAUGCAAUACAACUGGCCCAACAAAACGGUUCGAGUAUUCACCUUUUCUGUGGGUCAACACAACUAUGAUGUCACACCCUUACAGUGGAUUGCAUGCACGAAUAAAGGUUACUAUUUUGAGAUCCGUUCCAUCUGUGCUAUAAGGAUUAACACCCAGGAGUACCUAGAUGUGCUGGGGCGCCCCAUGGUUUUGGCAGGCAGUGAUGCUAAGCAGGUCCAGUGGACCAAUGUGUAUCAGGAUGCUUUGGGUCUCGGCAUGGUAGUAACUGGGACUUUGCCUGUAUUUAAUCUGACCAUGGAUGGAAACUCACAGAAUCAGCUGAUAUUAGGUGUCAUGGGAGUUGACGUGCAUCUUGAUGAGAUAAAGCGACUCACACCACGUUACAAUCUCGGAGCCAACGGCUACAUAUUUGCUAUUGAUCCAAAUGGAUAUCUUCUUCUUCACCCUAAUCUUCAGCCAAAGUUGGUGAACCUACCUGAGCCUGUGACGCUGGACUUCCUGGAUGCAGAGGUGGAGGACAGCAAUAAAGAGGAGAUCCGGCGACAGAUGAUUGAUGGAAGACCAGGAGACAUGCAGAUUAAAACUCUUAUCAAGUCAAUUGAUGAGCAAUACAUUGACGAGGUGCACAGGGGUUACACCUGGACUCCUAUCAAUGGUACAGAUUACAGUCUCGGUUUGGUAUUACCGCCCUACAAUGAGUACUACAUCCAGGCAGACCUAAGUGAUGUGAUGCUGCAGCUCCAGUAUAUGCAGUCGUUGCUGCCCAGCUCUUUUGAAUCAUCAGGACAUGUGUUUCUAGCUCCUAGGGAAUACUGCAAGCGUCUUCAUCUUUCUGACAACAACACGCAGUUUUUGCAGAACUUCCUCUCUCUCAUGUUGGACAUUUCCCCAGAGUCUGAUGAGUGUGACCAAGGCCUCAUCCAUAACCUGAUUUUGGAUUCUCGGAUUAUUGGGCAGCUGGCCUCACGUGUAUGGAAGAACAAGGACCUCAAUUCGUAUGGCUUCCUGGCUGUUUUUGCGUCCACAGAUGGAGGAAUAACAAGAGUUUUUCCCAACUUGGCUUCUGAGUUAUGGGAUGAAGAUCCUGAGCCCUUCAAUUCCAAUUACUACAGACGGAGCCUCGACCACAAAGGUUACAUGUUCAGAGCUCCAUCCAGAGGCUCCAUGGACGACCCUGCAGUUGCAGAAAAUGGCACAGUCGGAAUUGUGGUUAGUUCAGCUAUAGAGGUUAAUUUAGGAGGCAAACUUCUCAAACCUGCAGUGGUUGGAGUAAAGCUGGACUUGGAAGCGUGGGUGGACAAGUUUAAGAUCCUGGCUAGCAACGUGUCAGACAAUCGACAGGGCUCACACAAGUGUGGCCCAUCCAGGAGUUGUGAGAUGGAUUGUGAAGUCAACACUGAUGAUCUCCUCUGCUAUCUCAUAGAUGAUGGUGGGUUCCUGGUUAUGUCCAAUCAGAGGGAUCAUUGGAAAAAGAUCGGCCUUUUCUUUGGCGACGUGGAUCCUUACCUAAUGCAUGCACUCUACAACAACUCUAUCUUCACUCGGCGUCAGUCUUUCCACUACCAGUCUGCAUGUGAACCGGUCAGCAGCAGCCACACCGGUGCAGCACCAAGAGGCAUCUUUGUGCCGUCCAUCGCUGACAUCCUCAGCUUGGCCUGGUGGACAUCCACACUGGCAUGGUCUGUGAUGCAGCAGCUACUGUACGGACUGGCAUACAACAGCUGGCUCUACCGAGACGAUGUUCUGGUGGAGGGUUUUGAGACAAAGGAGAGCAGCUGUGUGACCAUCCAAAGCCAGUUCUACUUUACAAACACCACCAACUCGUACAACGUGCUGCAGGACUGUGGAAACUGCUCACGGCUGUUCCAUGCAAAGCGGAUUGAAAACACCAACCUCCUCUUUGUGGUGGCUGAGACACUCCCCUGCAGCUCCUGUGAGAUAGAGAGACUGACCCAGGUCAGGACAGAGUUCCAGGAGGAGAAUCCAUGUGAGGUACUGAGCAACGCACGGUAUCGCAAAGGCCCAGCUUCCUGUUUUGACUACAGUGCCUUAGAAAACACAUCAGAGUGUGGACGCGGUCAUUCUCUGCAGUCGUCCAUAGGAGUCCUUCUCUUCAUUCAGCUUCUUCUGCCUGUUUUUCAUCUCUGACACGUGCAAACACUCUAAC